AUGGCAGAAAAUGUCACAAAACAGCAGAUUAAAGACAUAAAUUCAGCUGCAGCGUACUCAAUCGCCUGUGAUGAGUCCAAAGACAAAAGUGACAUUGAACAAAUAGCGCUGUUCUGCCGAUAUGUGAACUCUGCUGGACCGCAGGAAGAAAUGGUUGAGCUGAUACCACUAAAAGGCCAGACACGGGGGGAGGACAUCUGUGAGGCCGUGCUUGAUUGUUUACGAGCCAAAGAAAUAAAAACAACCCACCUAGUGUCAGUGGCUACUGAUGGGGCACCGAGUAUGACUGGAGCGCACAAGGGCUUUGUGGCCUUGCUGCAGAAGUCACUGGAUAGACAGCUGCUCACUUUUCACUGCAUCCUGCACCAAGAGGCACUGUGCGCGCAAACUUUUCCUCCAGAAUGCACAGAGGUCAUGAAUCUUGUCAUUCAGAUUGUCAAUAAAAUAAUGGCAAAAGGUUUAAAUCACCGCCAGUUCCGUUCGCUACUGGAUGAGGUGGACAGCACAUACUCUGAUCUCAUGCUGCACAACCGAGUCCGGUGGCUGUCCAGAGGAGAGGUGCUGAAACGUUUUGCUGCAUGUCUGGGAGAGGUGAAGACUUUCAUGAGCAGCAAAGGGCUCACCUUUCCUGAGCUGGAACAGCCAGAGUGGCUGGAAAAGCUGCACUUCAUGGUGGACAUGACAGCGAACCUGAACACGCUAAACACAACCCUUCAGGGGAGAGGAGGCACAGCGCUACACAUGCUGGAGGAGGUGUUAGCGUUUGAGCGCAAACUGACAGUUUUAGCCAGAGAUUUACAGAGAGGCACACAGUCUCACUUCCCCUUUUUAAGGGAGUUCAAACAAGGUCACAAGCUGAUCAAUUCAGAGUAUUUACAGUCUGCAAUCACCACAAAUGCAAGCAUCGUUUGGGAAACGAUUCCUCAACCUGAUCUGGAGCUGGAGCUGGCUGACAUAGCUGACAAAGACAUGUGGGUGUCCAAAUUCAAACGCUUGACAGAGGACCUUGAAGAUGUUGCCCGUCAGAAGGCCACUCUUGCUCAGAAUCACAAAUGGAGUGAUAUUGAGAACCUUCCAAGACCGGACAAACUCGUGUUUGAAACAUGGAAUGCCAUCCCCGACACCUACAUGAACAUGAAGACAUAUGCCUUUGGAGUCCUGUCGAUCUUUGGAUCCACAUAUGUAUCCAAAUACAGAGAAGAGUUCAAGCUCAUAAUCGACCGAAUAGCAGUGGUGAAGUCAGAGAAUGGUGAGAAAUAUUUGGUCCUGAAGAAAAAGUACCGUCAGCAGUUGGCAGACAGUGACCCGGUUCCAGUGAACACGGCUCAGUGGCAUCCUCCAGACACCUCAGCCCCCGCGACAGAGCAGAGCAGCCCCCAUGACGAGCCCAUGGAGAGCGGAGAGCCAGCAGAGAGCAAGGACCAUGAGUCGGAGUCGGAGCAGGACGAGGAGUCGACCGGCAGCAUGGGCUCAGCAGCUGUGGCACUGGACCCUGUGGAGAAGGAGUGGAUCUACUCUGCAGCUGGAGCCAGGGUCCCGGACCUGUCCCACCUGCUCAGACAAGACCCUUCACUUGCCAACAAGAAGGACUUUACCUCCGGGGUAAGUUCAUGUUCUGUCCAUCCAUACCACUCUUCAAUCCACUAA